AAAUGAAAAUACAUAUUAAGACAUCUUCGAUUGAAAGAAUAAGUGAUGCAUACUUUUUAAAAUGCUGUUCGGAAUAACAUUUUUAGCUUUAUUUUGUAGUUUGAAUGCGUUUUUCUUAAAAGACGAUGAACACACUUUUCAUGAAGUGAAUUUUAAUUCGUCACUUAACAAGGAUGGCGAAUUUGAGCAUGGAUUUGGGGUUUUUGACUCGGAUACUUGCUCUUGUAAAAAUGGCCGCUGUGUGAAAGAUUCUAGAGGAAAUUGGAAAUGUCUGUGUCAGCCAAGACAUUCCCUAAAAGGAAAAGAUUGUGAAUUAUGCGACUGUGGAAGGAAUGGGAAAUGUAUCUUCACUGAAACCUUUUCCGAAGAAACUAAGAAUAUUCUUUACGAAAAAAAGUGCGUGUGUGACACAGGAUAUGCAGAUAGAUAUGGCACUUGUACUGAAUGCUUAUGUGGAAUAAACAGCAAAUGUGAAUUUGAGUAUGGUGAAAAAAACUGCUACUGUAUGGAAGGUUACGCUGAGCUUAAUGGGGUCUGUACAGAAUGUAAUUGCGGGGAAGGUGGUUAUUGUGAAUUUCAAAAUGGACAGAGGAUUUGUACAUGUUACGAAGGGUAUCAAUUCGAUGGACAUAUUUGUAGAGAAUGCGACUGUGGGGGAAAUGGUUACUGUAAACUAGUUGAAGGCGUUAAGGUUUGCAGUUGUAACCAAGGCUUCGAAUUUGACGGAUAUGUUUGCACAGAAUGUGAUUGCGGCUCAUAUGGUAAAUGUUCAAUCAACGACGACGUAAAAAAAUGCGACUGUCAUAGUGGAUACUCUGAGAAAGAAGGGAGAUGUGAAGAAUGCGACUGUGGUUUAAAUGGUGUGUGCAGUUUUGUGAACGACAACAAAUUUUGCUCUUGCAAUCCGGGGCAUGCUGAGAAGUACGGAAAAUGUGAAACAUGUGAUUGCGGCUUAAAUGGUUCCUGCCGUUUCUAUGGAGAAGAAAAGAAGUGCUCUUGUAAUGCAGGAUAUGCUGAAAAGGACGGAAUAUGCACAAGUUGUGACUGUGGUUCGGAUGGUAUAUGCUCAUUUGAAUAUGGCGUAAAGACGUGCAAUUGCAAUAUUGGGUUUUCAGAGAUGAAUGGAAAAUGUGAAAAAUGUGACUGUGGUUGGACAGGAAGAUGUCUAUUUGAGGGAGAAAAGAAAAGGUGUGAUUGUGAUUAUGGUUUCGCAGAGAAAAAUGGACAAUGUGAAAAAUGUGACUGUGGCUGGCAAGGAAAAUGUUCAUUUGAAGGGGAAGAGAAAAAGUGUGAUUGUGAACAUGGGUUUGCAGAGAAGAAUGGACAAUGUGAAAAAUGCGACUGUGGCUGGCAAGGAAAAUGUUCAUUUGAAGGUGAAGAGAAAAAGUGUUAUUGUGAACAUGGUUUCGCAGAGAAGAAUGGACAAUGUGAAAAAUGUGACUGUGGUGAUGAAGGUGCAUGUUCGUUUGACGGUGAUUUUAAAAAAUGCGACUGUAAAUAUGGUUUCGCAGAAAGAGACGGACGUUGUGAAGUUUGUGAUUGCGGUGAAAACGGCGACUGCUCUUUUGACAGAAAUAAAAAAAAUUGUGCAUGUAAAGAUGGACAUUCAGAAAGAAAUGGAAAAUGUGAAAUUUGUGACUGUGGUAAAAAUGGCUGGUGCCACUUUAAUGGCGAUGAAAAAGUGUGCGUAUGUUUACAGGGAUAUUCAGAAGUAAAUGGAAGAUGUGAAAUUUGUGAUUGCGGCGAAAAUGGUCAUUGUUCUUUUGAUGGUGGCAAUAAGAAAUGCGAAUGUAAAAAUGGAUAUGUUGAAAACGAUGGAAUAUGUGAAGUUUGUGAUUGUGGUUUCAAUGGCCAAUGCCUUUUUAUUGGUGAUAAGAAGUCGUGUAAAUGUAACAACGGAUAUUCUGAGAGAUUUGGUAAAUGUGAAAUAUGUGAUUGUGGAGAAAAUGGCCAGUGUCUCUUUGCAGGUGAAAAAAAGUCAUGCAAGUGCUCAGAGGAAUAUUCUGAAAAGGAUGGAAAAUGCGAAAACUGUCAUUGCGGCCCACAUGGCCCUUGCGCUUUCGAUUAUGGAGACAAAGUAUGCUCCUGUAACAAAGGUUACUCGGAAAAGAAUGGGAAAUGUGAAAUUUGUGACUGUGGUGAAAAUGGCUAUUGCUCAUUUGAAAAAGAUGAAAAAAUAUGUAAAUGCGAUUUAGGGUAUGCUGAAAAGUAUGGAAGAUGUGAAAUUUGUGACUGUGGAGAAGGAGGGUACUGCACCUUUAUAAAUGGAGAGAAAACAUGUGAAUGUGGUACUGGAUACUCAGAAAAGAAUGGAAAAUGCGAAAUUUGUGAUUGUGGUGUGCGUGGGUGGUGCUACUUUGCCGGGGAAGAAAAAAUAUGCAAAUGCGAAGAAGGAUAUGCAGAGAAGAAUGGAAGAUGUGAAGUUUGCAGUUGUGGGAAAAAUACGGUUUGCAAAUUUAUAUAUGGAGCGAAGGCUUGCUCAUGCCUUCCAGGCUACGUUUUCAAUGACGAUAAAGCAGAAUGCGAAGAAUGUGAUUGUGGAGAUCAUGGAACUUGCACGUUUCUGGAAGGUAAGAAAACAUGUACAUGUGAAGAAACUUUCAAGGAAGACUUGGGGAAGUGCAAAGAAUGCGACUGUGGAAAAAUGGGUUAUUGUUAUUUCAAAAACCAUAGCAAGACAUGCGACUGUAAGGCACAUUCCGUGGAAUAUAAAGAAACCUGCAUAGAGUGUGACUGUGGCCCUCAUGGUACUUGUGGAUUCAGCGAAAACGGGAAUAAAAUAUGCAAAUGCCAAGAAGGUUAUGCAGAACGAAUCAGUACCCGAACUUGCAAUGGAACUUGCCACAAUGAUGGUGAGUGUGCCAACGGAGGUACAUGCGUGGUGGAAGAAACAGGAAAAUUCUGUAAAUGUCAGCGUGGAGUGACUGGUGAUAGAUGUGAAACUAUCGAAGAUUGUGUUGCAGGAAAGUUUCGAAACUGUAAGGGCGAAUUUGGCACGUGCACGUUCGACGUAGCAACUAAGGAAGCUAAGUGCACAUGCUCUGUGGGAAAGAAAGUUCAUCCUAUAGAAAACGUGUGCAAAGAGUGCGAUUGUGGGAAAAAUGGUGAAUGCGAGAUCGACAAGCUUGGAAGAAAACAUUGCGAUUGCCAUGACGGCUUCGCUGAAAGCAUACGAAGAAAUAAAACAUUUUGUAAAGAAAUGUGUUCUGAGGACAGCGAUUGCCACAAUGGAGGAGUAUGUGAAUCGGAAGGAAAUAACAAAUUUUGCAAAUGCAAGCGAGGUUUAAGCGGAGAUAGAUGUGAAAUCAUUGAUGACUGUAUCACAGGAAAGUACCGGAAGUGUAAUGAUUCAUGCCGUUAUGAUUCUUUCCGUGAAACAGCUAUUUGUAUAUGCAACAAAGGAAGAUCUUUUGAUGAGACAGAAAAUAUUUGUAAAGAAUGUGAUUGUGGCGAGGGAGCUUUGAAUUGCACUUUCGUGCACCAACAGAAACACUGCGCAUGCGCAACUGGAUUUGCAGAGGAUAAUGGACGAUGUAAAAGACUACAGCCAUGUGAACCCAAUCCUUGUGUAAACGGCCAGUGCGUGGUCCGUGCGAAUGACUUCUUGUGUAUAUGUGAUGACCCUUUUACAGGAAGACGCUGCGAAAUAAACUUGUGCAUUGAAACUAAGUGCAUAGGCGGAAGAUGUAGAGUAAUUGGAAAUCGAGAAGAAUGCAUAUGCCCUGUAGGACACCAGCUUGCAAAUGGAACAUGCACAAAAACAUUUUGUGUGGAGAAAAAAUGCUACGACGGUGAAUGUGUGAUUCAAAAUGGUGUUGAAAUUUGCAUAUGUCCUGAGGACUAUGUUGCUGAAGGAAACGAAUGUCGAAAAGUAAAAUGUUCGCAGAAAAGCUGCAUCGGAGGCUCUUGUAGAAUCAUACGGGGUAACAUCGAAGAUUGCGUUUGUCCUUUCGGUCAUGUAUUGAUUGGAGAUACGUGCACAGUUACUUCUUGCACUCCUAGAACAUGUUAUGGGGGACGAUGUGAGAAGAGAGAAGAUAAACUUGUAUGCAUUUGUCCGGAUGGAUUCCAUCUGGAAGGGGUUGGAUGCAUUGAAACUACUUGUAAAGAACAAAAUUGCUUUGGAGGAAAAUGCCGAGUAUUAAACGGAAAGGAAAUCUGUACUUGUUUGGAUGGACAUGUUCUCAAGAAUGACCAAUGUCAAAAAGUGAGAUGUGUUGAAAAGCACUGCUUUGGUGGAAAAUGUGAUGUAGUGGAUGGGGAGGAAGUUUGCUCUUGUCCUGUAGGUUUUCAAGUGCAAGGAGAUGUUUGCAGAGAAAUCUAGUACGAUUGAUUCAGUUUCCCAUGAAGGAAAAAUAAUGACUCUCUUGGAGAACUACGUUGUUUACAUACAAACCAAUGAAACCAUAUUGAAAUGUGAUUGUAUAAUAUAAAUUUAAUAAAUAAAUACUAUUUAUAAUAAAAAAUAUUAAUUUA